GGCACGGAGGAAGCCAAGUGAAAAUUGCGGGGCGGCAACGUCGCUGUUAAUUAUUUCGCAGCGGAAACCUUGAAUUCGAAUGUAAACCAAAACAAACCCGAUUUUGCUGCGUAUUUUAUACAAGGAGGGAACGAGCCCCCGGGAGGGGGCUGGUUGACUGUGGGUGGCAUCACCUCGGGACACAAACACACACACACGCAGCGCUUCCUGAAUAAAAGGCUUUGAAGGUGGAUGGUUACAAUGAAUUUGGAGAUAUUCACAAAUCGUUGGACAGCUUGUUAAGUGGGCCAAGGCUUCCCGCUCUUCGGAAAGGAAAGAUGACAGACAACAGAAUUCAGCUGUAAAUUGAACUCGAGCACCGCCAUCUCUGUGUCUUUUAAUUCACUUCAUGAAAGCAGAUACAACGUAACUUGGAUUUGAAGAUGAAUAUUUUGGUGACAAAAGUCUUCUGCAUGGCUGGGGUUUUCAUCCUAAUGAUGUUGGGCUCACUGUUGCCUGUUCGAAUGAUCCAAAUUGACUAUGAAAAAGCACACAAGUCCAAGAAGGUGCUCUCACUUUGCAGUUCAUUUGGUGGUGGAGUAUUUCUGGCAACCUGCUUCAAUGCUUUGUUGCCAGUUGUAAGGGAAAAGGUUCAAGAGGUUCUUAAGCGUGGAAACAUAUCAAGUGACUAUCCGCUGGGUGAGACAACAAUGAUGGUGGGAUUUUUUCUGACUCUUUUUGUCGAACAAUUGAUUCUGACAUUUCAAAAGGAGAAAACAUCCUUCAUUGACUUGGAGACAUUCAAUGCGGGCUCGGAAGCGGGUAGCGAUUCUGAGUAUGAGAGCCCCUUCAUUUCACCUGGACGAGGUCAGAGCAACCUGUACAGCCGCAACUAUCCUUCACAUAGCCAUUCUUUCAACUUGUUGGAGCUGCCUCAUUCCAGCCCUUUGCGUUUGCUCAGCCUCGUGUUUGCCCUGUCUGCUCACUCUGUGUUUGAGGGUUUAGCCCUGGGCUUGCAGGAGAAAGGAGCAAAGGUCAUCAAUUUGUUUAUUGGAGUGGCAGUCCAUGAGACACUGGCUGCUGUGGCAUUGGGAGUGAGCAUGGCUAAAGGCGGUGUGCUGAUGAAAGAUGCACUGAAGUUAGCCGUGAUGGUCAGCGCAAUGAUACCAGCUGGAAUAGGCAUCGGGAUGGGCAUUCAGAGUGCCGACAGCCUCGGCAGUCACAUUGCAUCAGUUGUACUGCAGGGUUUUGCAGCUGGGACAUUUCUGUUUGUCACUUUCUUUGAAAUUCUAGUGAAAGAAUUUGAAGAAAAGCAUGACCGCCUUCUGAAAGUACUUUCUCUGAUCCUGGGGUACACAUUACUGGCUGGGUUUGUCUUUCUAAAGUGGUAACAUUUUGCCUUGGUUCAGCUUGCACUACAAUGAAGGCACAUGACCAUCUCACUCUAUUUGAUUAGAAUCUCUGAUCACAAUAUUGUUAUUUUCCAAUCUAUCAUUACAUUUGUGGGUAGUGGUGUAAUAACCAGCGUCGUCGUAAAUUUCUAACUGUUUUUAUAGUUGCUGCAAGCAUAAGGUACAGGGUUGGUACUGGGUUUACUUAGUAUAUUAAGUGCCAGUAAGCAAAAAGGUUUUUUGAAAAAUACUAACUUAAAUCUUUGCACUAUAAUAUGUCAGUGUAUCUCAUGUGGCAUGCUUAAUUCACCUGAAAUUGUUUUCAUCAGUAUGUCAACUUAGUGUUAUACAAUGGAAUAUUUGCCUGUUACAACUAUUCACUUCACAAGUCCAUAAUAUUUUACUGCGAUUCUAGUGUCAACAUUGCUGAAUAUGUUUACAUAUGUGUAUAUCUGGUGUAUAAUGUUUAAAUUAUUGUCAGGGUUUUUAAAGUUUAUGCGCUGAAUACUUUCUGGACUGCAUAAAAUGUAUUGUAAGCAUUUAACAAAUUUCUUCAAGUUUGUGUUUUUGAUAGAAACAGCCUGUUUUCCUUGAUACCAAAGGGGGUGCCAGUGUCAAAGUGAGAAUGCACAGGGAUUAUUUAUUUUCCUUACUGUACUUUAAUCUCACAGCAAGAGACUUGCAUCUUCUAUCUCAAGCUUGUUUUAAGCACACAGACGUCAGUCUGGCUGAUGGUAAAGAUUUACCAAGGGUCCUGAACUAAGGAGUGGAGAAUUCAUCUCCUUUCCAACUAUUGAUCCCCAUGUCUCUUGGCAAGCAUGUCUUUUCGUGGAAAUCAAGCAAGGGCAUAAUUUGAUUGGACUGUCAUUUUCUUGGGAUUUGUAGCCUGCCGACACACUCGAUAAGCUUUGAGCAUAAAAAAGAUAAUGUACUGAUUUGCUGGUGACUGCAAAAUUUGUUUCUUGAUUUUAGGAUGGAGAAAAGUUAGGUCGAGCUGGGUGCAGGCAAGGAGAGAAGAACUUCCUACUUUUAUCCUGAUUGAACACUUGCUUAUUUAGGCCGCUGGUGUUUAUUACUUCACUAAGGAAAACUGAAUGGAAGGAAGCACUGAAUCUUAAUGAAAUAAUGCACUUCACUCCUGGAUUAAUGCAAUGCUGUUAAGUAUGAUGUAGUGACUAAGCUUGCUCAGCAUCAAAUUCAGUUCUGCUUGCUAAUGGUGCUUGAUGGCACUGUUGAACUAUUUAUCUACACUGCAUUAAUAAAUCUCCCCUAGUUAGGGGAUUGUAGUCAAAUUUGUUGCCACAGGUCUGGACAUGGAGAAAAAUCAGCAUAAAUCUGAUAAGCAAAUCAUGCUGCUGGCGACAGUGUAGAGGCCCCUCUUCCAUUUUGAGGUCAGAAUCAAAUUCUGCUGAGAUGUGAUGCCUCCAGCACCAGCAGAGAGUAGUUUGGCACAUACAUUUUUUUCAGGGUAAAGUACUGAAGCCCAUCCAGUGUCUGUGAAAAGCAUGUACCAGCAGUCAGCAAAAUAAACUUUGCUUGUGACUCUCCUUAUUAGAUAACUGUUGAUGACUUUUUAUUUAUAAACAAAAGGAGUUGGGCCGGAAAUAGUUACGUCACGUGCCAGGAAAUCAACAAAACUCAGGAAGGAUAGUCUGUUGUAGAUGGGGUUGACAGAAGAUAAAUGAAGGAUGAUUGCCCUUUUGGGAUAAAAGCUGUUGUCUGAAGACAGGUAGGAGAGAAUGCUGCAUACAGGAUGUAACACAGAUGAGUGUAGAUUAAACAAGUGUUCAGGAAUGUGUAGCUUAGGUGGGUUAUAAGGGGAUGGGUCUGAGUGGGAUACCCCAAGGGUUGGUGUGGACUUGUUGGGCCACUGGGCCUGUUUCCACACUGUACGGAUUCUGUGAUCUAUUCUAUGAGUAACACUUCAUUUGGUGAUUUUUUUUUUCUUGCCUGUGAAUUCCUUAGAGGUCUCAGUUAAUGGCUUAGCAGCGGCUCUAUUUCCUAUGGCAUAGUAAGCCAGAGAAACUCUCGCCUUUCUGAAUUUCACUUCUUCCUUUUUCUCCCCUGAGGGCACUGACUGUGGUUGUGGUACAGUCGCACAAGCCGUGCCAACUUGAACCUCACUCAAGAAUUUCCUUCUUUGAGACUAUAGAGCAUGUGCUGGUGGGUUAUUAUUAAUCAGCAACAGGAAAGAAGAGAAAUUAUAAUCAUUUUUAAGGUUCUGAGUGUUGCCUAAAGUAAAUAUGAUGCUCUUCGACACAGAUGGUGUGAGGAACUAUAUUACUGUAAAUAUAAUGUAUUUUGCUCAACAGCUUUGUCAUUGAACAUUUUUUGUAAUUGUGAGAACUCAGUCUCCUUUUAAGUGAAAUGCAGUAGUAUGAAGUAGAAGUGUGAGGCAGUGAGUUACUUCAUUAAUAAUGCUUUGUUGAAUCAACUAAAUUAGGGAAACCAGUUCUUUUUUAAGCUGCUGGAGAAAUGUUAACCUAUCCUUUAAGCAAUAUUAGAAUAUACUUGCAAGACAAUCUUGCAAUUUAUAGUAAAUUGUACGUGAAGCACUUAAGGAUUUUGAGGCCUAAUAUUGUGUGUCAAUGCCAGUUUUUUUUAACGUGUGAUCAUCUGGGAACACUUUUAUUUGUUUUUGAUAGAUUUGAAAUGUGUAUCAUUUACUUUUUAAUAUUGAUUUAACAGCAUCUUCUUGCUAAAAGGUGAACGAUGAUUAUUUGUCUAUGGUAACUUCGUUUGCCUAAUAGGACUUUUUUUUUAAAAAAGGUGAUGUUUAUCCAAUAGGGUAUGCUAUUGUUCAGGCCUGUGUUGUUUUAGUUUGUCCUUGAAUUGAGAUGUACUUUCUUUGUAGGUAUUGAUACCUAUUCUGUUUGGUAUCCACUCUGCCAGUAGUCUGUACAACCAUCAGUCUGCUUUUCUAUUAGAAGUUUGGAUCCCAAUGUAGAUUGAAAAUUCAGUCUGGGCAGUGAGCUCCAUCAAUAUUUAAGUGCAACUUUGUAGCAAUAAUAAAGGACUGACUGUGCCACCAGUG